AUGACAUUAUCAAGUAACUUUGGUGAUAGCACGCAAUCAAGUUGCGAUUUUGACGAAACUUCUAACUGGAACACACUCUACUGUUCACAUCUUUGGUCAAAUAGUAAUCUAAGACAAGCUAUUAUAAAUGCACCUUUUAAGGAUAAUAGACUUACAAAAUAUUGUUAUACUUGUAGAGGCAAGAUAAGAAGUUACGGUAUUACACCCCCUAAAAAUAUUUUCUUACCGAACGAUUAUUCUACACCAAAAUCAAAUUCACAACAAACAAAGUCUGAAAUUCUGACAAGCAAUAGCUACUUAGAACAAUCUAAUAAUUUAGGUGAUUACUCUAACAAAGAGGUCUUAACUAAUGAUUUAUGCAUAAACAACGAUGAGUUCACACAGCAUAUUCCGACUAUAUCCAGACAUAUCGAUACCAGUUUCCGUUACAAAUAUACAAGUCCUCAACAUUACACGUGUACAAAUUUAAAUCAAAGAAGACUGAGAAAGAGCCUAAAAGGUAUUGGAUGUGUUGUUAACUGGUCAUUAAUUGAAGGUUCAAAAAAAAGGCGGACUCAAAUUCAAGCCUGCUCAAUUAGUGUGAUGAUUAUAGCAAUAAUAAUAAUAAGUUUGGUGUUAGUGAACUUUACUACCCUUAAUUUUAAUCAAGUAAGGAAUGAUACCAGUACAAUUACAGUGCCAACAGAGAGUAUAGUUACUAAUGAAACUUCGUCAGCAGUCAUAAAUUUUUAUACAAAUCUGCUGACACCCAACAACACGGAAUAUGUCAAAGAGAAUCACACGACUAUAAUACCUUUAUUGUCAACUACGACAAAUAAUUCUCCAAUACAUAAUAUUAUUUUAAAAAUACGAAAAAAUAUUAAAACAUAUCCUAAGGACGACCACAAGAAACUAGGAAAAAAUAAUCUUAGUCAGAUUGUAAUGGAAAACACAACAAAUAAAUUUUGUUCGUGCCAAACAGAUGAAAUUUGUAUGUUAGACGAGAUUAGUGGAACGUCGAUUUGCAAACAGGCUAUCGACGUAGAUGAUCCUACAGGUUGUGGUGGGCUAUGUGCAAUGGAAACAGAAGCUUGCCAACUCGUCGAUAAAAGUCGUGGAGUACGCGUCUGUCGAUUGCUAACUCAAGUAUCAUGUUCAUCUCAUGAUUGGCGUUGUCGAAAUGGUUUUUGCGUACCCUCCGAAGCACGUUGCGAUGGAUUUAUACAAUGCUAUGAUCGUUCUGACGAAAUGCAUUGUGAAUGUGAUUUAACAAAACAAUUCCGGUGUGGAAAUUCUAUAUCAUGUUUCCCGAAAAAAAAUUUGUGUGAUGGAGUUAUUGAUUGUUGGGACGGUUACGAUGAACUCAAUUGCACCAUGGAGUGUCCGGAAGAUCAAUUUACGUGUACAGACGGGCAGUGUAUAAUGUCUUCGAGAUUUUGUGACGGAUUAGCAGACUGUGCUGAUGGAAGUGACGAGCCUCAGGGUUGCGAUAUCGCAUGUAGGACCCAUGAAAUGCAAUGUAAGAACCGACGCUGUGUAACACUUGGAGCUAAGUGCGAUGGACGCGAUGAUUGUGGUGAUUUUAGUGACGAAACACAUUGCUCUUGAUACUUUUUCUUUCAAAGAAAUUAAUCAUAUUUAUUAAAUUUUUAUAUUUAAAUAAAAAGCAAUAAAGAUAAGUUUUGAUAA